CCGCGGGGCCCGCCGCCAGCGCCGCCCCUCGCCGCUCCCCCGCCUCGCCUCCCGCGCUGCUCCGGCCCCGCCAGGCGCCUCCGCCCGCUGCAGCCAGGCGUGGGCAGAGCCCGGCGAAGAGCCCGGCGGCGGCCCUUCCAAGCGAGCGCAACGCUCGGCAGAGGCGGAGGCGGCAGCCAAGGCGGCCCCGGCUCGCCUGUUGCUCGGGGGGUCGGCGAUCGCUCGGCCAGGCCGGCCUCGGCGGGGACGCUGCAGCCGCCCCUCGGCCCGCGCCAUGUCCCGCUCCGGCCGCCCGCGCGACUACAAGUGCGGCGACCUGGUCUUCGCCAAGAUGAAGGGCUACCCGCACUGGCCCGCCCGGAUUGAUGAGAUGCCGGAAUCCGCUGUGAAAUCAACUUCCAACAAAUACCAGGUCUUUUUCUUUGGGACUCAUGAGACGGCCUUCCUGGGUGCCAAGGACCUCUUUCCCUACGAAGAGUGCAAGGCGAAGUUUGGCAAAACCAGCAAGCGGAAAGGCUUCAGCGAAGGCCUGUGGGAGAUCGAAAACGACCCCACCAUCAAGGCCUCGGGGUACCAGCCGGCUCAGAAGAAGCGCCCCCUGGAGGAGGGGAAGGCCAAGGAGGACCCCGAGGCUGGCAAGAAGGGCAGCCACGAAGGCAGCAGCCACGAGGAGGAGCAGGAAGAGGAGGAGGAGGAGGAGGGGGACCUGGUAAUCGACGAGCAGGUCAGGGAGAAGAACCAAAAGGCUGCCCACAAGAGGCGGGCCCGAGAGGCCCCGGAGGACCCCUCCCCCAAGCGCAUGAAAGACGGGGAGGACCAGGCAGAGGUGGCUGGGGAGAAGCUGAGCCGUGGGGACGCGGCCCAGGAAGCCGGGAAUCAGAAGCCGGCUCUGCUGGAACCAGGGGGCGAAGGGAAGAACAGUGGGGGUGGAAGCCCCCCUAUCGACGUGCCCGGAGCAGAAGAGAGGAAGGAAAAGGCUGCCCAAGAGGAAGACGAGGAAGAAGAAGAGCAGGAAAGCAGAGAUCAUGAGAAGAGAGUCCUGGGGGGGGGGGGGGGGCUGGAGGGGAGGCUGGGAGGUGGCAGUUCUGACCUCACAAAGCCCUGGAAUCCGGGGCCCUGGAGAUGGCAGGAAUCUGCAGCAGCAGCAGCAGCAACUCAAACAGGCCCCCUUGGCCGUGGGAUGGGAAGCUGGCUGUCCUGUUUAGGGGGCAGGCCCAGCCGUGACAGCAACCGUGACCUCCCCGGGAAGAGAGAAGAGACAGAAGAUGCGAGGCCGCCGCCUCCUUCGCCGUCCCCUCCGCCUUCGCCUCCGCCGGCCUCCAGCUCGGGCUCCCUCGACUUCGCAGCCCCGCCGCCUUCGGCCAGCCAGCCCCGGGAGCGGGCGCCGGGCCCCGCGCUCAGCCUGGAGGCGCUGCAAGAGCGGCUGGAGGCGCUGAAGGCGCUGCAGGGCCAGUAUCUCCGGGGGCAGCUGAGGAUCCGACGCAGCUGCCGGGACUUCCCGCGCGCCCUGCGCGCCCUCAGCUUGCAGAUCUGCCGCAGUCGCCGAAGACUCAUCCGCGCCGAGGUCCGCCUGCAGCGCCGGGAAACCGAAGGCGCUUUCCCGAGGCGCCCCUCGCCGCCUCCGUCCGAGCUGCUGGCCCUGGCCUCCUGGCGCCAGGGGCUCUCCGCCGCCGCCACCCUCUCCGGCUGCUCCCUGCUGCUGCUGCCCGCGCCCCCGCCGCCGCCCGCCCCGCCGCUGCCGCCGCACCUGCCCGACCUGCACGAGGCGCUGGAGACUUUCCUGGAGCGCCAGGAGCGCCACCUCCACGACCGGCAGAGAGACUACCGGAGCUGCCAGGAGUGCGUCCGCUCCAUCAAGGCGCUGCGCGGCCAACUGCGCCGGGUGCGGAGCCGGCUGUGGCGGGUGGAGGCGGAACUGGGCAUCCAGGUGCCCCCGCGCGAGCUCUCCGUGGACGACCAAGAGGAGAAAGAGGAGGAGGAAGAAGAGGAGGAGGACGGCCCUCCCUGGCUGCCCCCCGCGCUGCCGGCUGCCAGGAGGGAAGAGGCGAGGCGCCCGACAGCCCAGAACGCGCCCCCAGGGGAUCUACCGACCUCCGGCCGGCUGGUGGAAGCAGAAAUCCCCGCCUGCCCUCAAUAAAG